CGCAACCCCUCUCUCUUUCUCUCUCUCACUCCGCCAACCCAAGAGAGAAAAAGUACUAAUUUUUUUGGUGUCUUGCUCAGCCUUCUCACCUCUGAAACACUCCAGAAAACAGAGAUAAUUAAGGAUAGAGAAAAAGCAGGAAGGAGGAGAAGAAGAACACCAAUGAAAUCAAUGGGUGUUGGGGCAGCAAGUCCUUUCAAAGACCAACUGCACUCCCUCACCAGGAAGCUCUUACCGUGGACCAUCUAUGCUAUCUUCCCCUUAGCCAUCUUUCGCCUUUACUUUUACCCUCUCCAACUCCCUCAAUCUUCCACCGACCAGCUUCCAAGUACCUCCUCCAUAGCCAUCACCUCCUCCGCUUCUCCGACUCAUAUUUCUUCUUCUAAAGAACAGGAAAGAGCUGAUGACACUCCAUGUGACUACACCAUCGGCAAAUGGGUCCAUGACAAGUCGGGCCCUUUAUACAAUGGAACAACAUGCGGUGCCAUCAAGGAUGGCCAGAAUUGCAUCAGCCAUGGCAGACCAGACCUGGACUACCUCCAUUGGAGGUGGAAGCCCAAGAAAUGCGGCCUACCAAGGUUUGAACCAAACACUUUUCUUCAACUCAUUAGCAACAAGCAUAUAGCAUUUGUGGGUGACUCCAUGGCUAGGAACCAAUUAGAAUCCCUUCUCUGCAUGCUAGCCACUGCCUCUGUGCCAAACCUUGUCUACCGUGACAGCGAGGAGAACAAAUUUCGUAGGUGGAAUUUCCCUUCUCGUAAUGCAAAUCUAUCAGUUUACUGGUCACCCUUUCUCGUAAAAGGUGUUGAAAAAUCGCAACAAGAGCCUAAUUACAAUAAAUUGUAUUUAGAUCGAGUUGAUGAAAGGUGGGCAAGUGAGUUGGAUCAUAUAGACAUGAUUGUUUUUUCAAUUGGGCAUUGGUUUCUGCACCCGGCGGUGUACUUCGAGGGUGAUUCAGUUUUAGGCUGCCAUUACUGCCCUGGUCUCAAUCACACAGAGAUUGGGUUUUAUGAUGUUUUAAGGAAGAGUUUAAGGACUACCCUUAAGACCAUAACUGAAAGGAGAGGCUCUAAAUCUAAUGGUAAUGGAAUCGAUGUAAUUGUGACCACAUUUUCGCCUUCCCAUUUCGAAGGUGAUUGGGAUAAGGCCGGAGCUUGUCCAAAGAAAGAGCCUUACAACGAGAGUGAGAAGCAGCUUGAAGGAAUGAAUGCAGAGAUGAGAAAAAUUGAGGUGGAAGAAGUGGAAGCGGCACAGGAGAAUGCUAAGCAAUUUGCAGGGUAUAGAGUGGAGGCGCUGGACGUGACCAAGUUGUCGUUAAUGCGGCCGGAUGGUCACCCGGGGCCAUACAUGCAUCCUUUUCCAUUUGCUUAUGGGGUGGCAGAACGUGUGCAGAACGAUUGUGUGCAUUGGUGCUUGCCGGGGCCCGUAGACACAUGGAAUGAAAUUUUGCUGCAAGUGUUGAAGAAAUGGGAGGGUCCAUCAAAGAGAGGAGAAUGAGUUAUUGCUAUUUGCUAUAUCAAAUUGGCAAUGCUGUUUAUCUUUGGUGCUGAGAGAAGAGGGGAGAAAUCAUUGGUUUCUCCUACAGAAGGAUAGAAAAUGAGAGAUGAGGAGAGAGACAAUUGGUGAAGUUAAUUGAGAAGAGAGAGAUAUCAUGUAAUGGGACCAAAGAUAACGAUUUUUUUGGAAGAUUGUUUAUUCUGUCAUUCUGUCAUUCUGUCAUUCUGUGUAAAUGUAUAAAUGUUUUUGAAUGUGAAAGUUGUUGGGUAAUUUAUGAAGAUCAGUGUUUCUGUA